GGCCGGCUCUCUCAUUCUGAGAUUCAGCGCCGGGCUGUCUUGCUAGCUAAAGCUUCCUCCGCGGAAAAGGGCCCUUCUCACUCGUGACCGCCUUGAAGCUCUUCCAAGAUCUCUCCGACCAUGAACGGAUUGCGCGACAGCAGGAUCGAGGAAGGCACCUUCCUUUUCACCUCGGAGUCGGUGGGCGAAGGGCACCCAGAUAAAAUUUGUGACCAGAUCAGUGAUGCUGUUCUUGAUGCCCACCUUAAACAAGACCCGAAUGCCAAAGUUGCAUGUGAAACUGCUGCAAAGACCGGGAUGAUCCUCUUGGCUGGAGAGAUUACGUCUUCGGCUGCGGUUGACUAUCAGAAAAUUGUUCGUGAAACAAUCAAGCACAUUGGCUAUGAUGAUUCCUCAAAAGGCUUUGACUACAAGACAUGCAAUGUGUUGGUUGCCCUGGAGCAGCAGUCCCCUGAUAUAGCUCAGGGAGUCCACCUUGACCGAAAGGAGGAGGAUAUUGGUGCAGGUGACCAGGGUUUGAUGUUUGGCUAUGCUACGGAUGAGACCGAGGAGUGUAUGCCCCUGACCCUUCUCUUGGCCCAUCAGCUUAAUGCGAAGCUGGCAGAACUCCGUCGCAACCAUACCUUGCCCUGGCUGAGGCCAGAUUCCAAGACUCAGGUGACUGUGCAGUACCGACAGGACCGGGGUGCUGUCAUCCCUAUUAGAGUCCAUACAAUCGUUAUCUCUGUGCAACAUGAUGAGAAAAUUGGUCUGGAUGAAAUGAGGGAUGCUUUGAAGGAAAAAGUGGUCAGAGCUGUCGUACCUUCAAGAUACCUGGAUGAUGAUACUGUCUACCACCUGCAGCCCAGUGGACGUUUUGUGAUUGGUGGCCCCCAGGGAGAUGCGGGCUUGACUGGCCGGAAGAUUAUUGUGGACACCUAUGGAGGUUGGGGAGCUCAUGGAGGUGGUGCUUUCUCUGGUAAAGACUACACAAAGGUUGACCGUUCAGCCUCUUAUGCUGCUCGCUGGGUUGCAAAAUCCCUUGUAAAGUCUGGUCUUUGUCGGAGAGUGCUUGUUCAGGUUUCCUAUGCUAUUGGAGUGGCCCACCCAUUGUCAGUCUCAAUUUUCCAUUAUGGCACCUCCCAAAAGAGUGAGCACGAGCUGCUAGAGAUUGUGAAGAAGAACUUUGACCUGCGCCCAGGGGUCAUUGUCAGGGAUCUGGAUCUGAAGAAGCCUAUGUAUCAGAAGACUGCAGCCUAUGGUCACUUUGGUAGGAACAACUUCCCAUGGGAAGUGCCCAAAAAGCUCAAAUACUGAACAUGUUGGGGCUUCUUUCCCCAGACCUGUUGGUGUACUUUACAGAGAAACCUCCAGGCUAUUAUUCUGUGGGAAAGAACCCUGUUCCAGAAAUGAUCCUGUCCUUUUCUGCUCUUAACUUGGCACACUUUUUGUCAAUUGCCAUGAAUAUUAGUCCUCUGGGGGACCUCAAAUUGCACUGUGCUUUCUCCUCUUUCCGGUGUGCUUGACCUGUAAGUAAAGCCAGUUGAGCAUAGGCGCUAUAUGUAAUCCCUAGAGAAGAACAGACGAUAAUCAAGGCAAUGCUUCAUUUGGUCUAAUCUUUGUGUUGCCCAAAGGCUAACAACAAUCUCCCCUUCAAAACAAAAAUGCUUCCCCUGUGGUGCGCACAGUCUGUUCAGUGCCACGUACUUGGUCCAGAUCUAGAGCAGCAUGCUGCCGUGACUUGGCUCUAAUGAGAGUAUCAAGCCCACCUUUUCCUUCCACCCUUUUGAUCACCUGAGAGCCAUGACUCUUGUAGCAGACAGCCUUGCAUGCAACGCCAGUUCCACUCCAGUCGAAUGCUGCUUUUAAUUCAAGGCAGUUCUGGUCUGACAACAAAUGGUAUUAGGCCCUUAAAUUGAAUCAGCACCAUGUUUUAAUCAUUAUCCUAUUACCUUCCUGGGGAUGGGUGGGGUGGGGCAGGAAUAUUAAUGAACUUAUAUCAAGAUCCUAUGCACCCGUUUUAGCACUAGCCAAACCUCACCAACCUUAUUAGGCAGACUUUUGGCCAACCUAGUGGCAUUAUUAUCACAGAGAAGUUGCGAAAUCAUACCCAAGGUCUGUAGGCUGCACACUUUUUGGCACCUGGAAUAUAUUUUUUAUUUCUUUAGAGCCAAGAACUUCAUGUUGCACAAAAAUUCUGAGGGGUUUAUUUCCAAAGCCAAGUUCCACACUGCGUUCUGAAGUCCUGGUGUAGCUACAGAGAAACCAGUUCUCUUCAGAAUGCAAAUGCAUUUGGAAAAAGAUGUGGCUGGCAGAGGGAAGGCCCUACAUACUUGAAAUUUUUUAAUAAUUGCUUAUUUAUUGUGUUUGGGACCGGGUGUGAGUACAGAGAAGCCCUUGUCUCAAAUGGCAGCUUUUAAACUUGGUUUUGACUCCACCACCAAUUCCUUGACCGUUCCCAGCACUCCCUGGUAGGCCAAGGUGUCCUACAGAAAAGCCUUGGGUCCCAUCCGCCAGGGGGUCUGGCUCUGUAAAACAGGGGAGGGCCGUGCUGCGGGGGACUGGCCCUGGGAGGGGCUGACUUGGCCGGUGUGGUACAGAGAAGCCGGCUUGUUUACUUACCCGUCCCACGGCCAGUGUCCUGCGCAGGAAGUGCCUUUUGCGUUCCACUUUUUUUUUCUGGGCGUUUACUACAUGUGUCUGGUUCUUGAAAUUCCAACAUAAUCUAAAAGAAUCUUAAUAAAAGUGCUAGGUUCUAUCUUAAA